GCACCGCAAGAACUGCGUUUUUAUUAAUCUCGGGUGCUGUGGUGAGAAGGGUGCCAUGAUACACUUUAUACUGCUGUUCAGUCGGCAGGGGAAGUUAAGGCUUCAGAAAUGGUACACGACGCUACCUGAUAAAGAGAAGAAAAAGAUCAUUCGAGAAAUUGUUCAGAUUAUUUUGUCUCGCAAUCAAAAAACAAGUAGUUUCGUUGACUGGAAAGACCUCAAGCUUGUUUACAAAAGGUAUGCCAGUUUGUAUUUCUGCUGUGCAAUAGAAGACCAGGAUAAUGAGCUCCUGACACUAGAGGUUGUUCAUCGAUACGUAGAGCUCCUGGACAAAUACUUUGGAAACGUGUGUGAGCUGGAUAUUAUCUUUAAUUUUGAAAAAGCUUAUUUUAUUCUUGAUGAGUUUAUAAUUGGUGGAGAAGUACAAGAAACUUCAAAGAAGACCGCAGUGAAAGCCAUAGAAGACUGUGACAUGUUGCAGGAGACAGUGGAAGAAUACAUGAACAAGCCUGCAUUUUAAUGUUAAACUACCUGGAGAGAAAACUGCUGUAUGCACCUCUACAAUGCACUUCCUGAAAUUGCUUCCCAAAGUGCCAGAUUCUCAGAAAUACCAAAAACCAAUAACUGAAGGGGUUUGUUUGUAUAAUGGUGAAGAUGAAGGUCAGCUGAUGUAGCAAAGGGUUUAACAGUUCUGUACUUUGCAUUACUCUGCAUAUGAGUUUCCCAGAGUUGUUAUUACCCUGGGUGUAGUUUUCUCUUUUCCUUGCUGGACUGAACUCUUGUUUUUUACCAUGUCUUUUAGCUACAGAUUUUGUCAUCAUAAAAUGCUACUCUGACAGUACUUUGAAGAGAUAUUUUUACCAGUUUUGGUUCACUGCUGACUGUAUGACUCUACUUUUGUACAAAUGUCCAUUAUUUUGAAUGUAAGGAUUAUUCUCUCUAAUAAUAAUUUUUUUUCUAAAAGCCAAA